AUGAAAGUGACAGAUUUCAACAAAGGCACAACUUACAACGGAAUUUUGCCGAGAAGACCGGAUAUGAGCGAGGAAAAGGUCACGAUAAGAAAAUAUAAAAUGUACUGCAUUCUGUUCUUCAUUCUCUUUGUAUUAUUCUUGAUCACCACCGUUAUCGUUUCGGUCAUCCUUGGAAUCAAUAUUAAGCAUGAGCAAUACCUUGAGGAUCAAUUGGAAGGAUGUAUGGAGAUGAGAGAUUCGUUUAUUUAUCAUGGCAAUCCGACGGGUGGAACGCGCGUGAAAUAA